AUCGGGAUCGCGCCGUCCAUCGCCGGCGAUCUCGAAGUCGCGACCGCGCGCCCCAUCGACGUCGCUCCCGAUCCCGGGAACGCGAUAAUGCUCGACGGGAGCGCGAUCGACCGCAUCGAGAGCGCCGCUCACGGUCCAAAUCGCGCGAACGUAAGAAGCGAUCGCGAUCCCGCGAACCCGCCGAAUCCAAGAUCGGCCUCAUGGAGCCUCGGAAAUUGAAGAAAAUCGAGCCGGUUUUAGAGGCUAAUCCGGAGAGCGAAGGUCCAAAACACGAAGAAGAGGACGAGGGAGCGUUUGAUGCCAGUAGUCUGGAUAAGGAUAAGGAGCUGACCCGAUUGGAAUUGGAGACGAAGAAGCGGCGGGAGCGGAUUGAGAAAUGGCGGUCCGAGAAGAAGAAGAUGGAGAUGGAGAACAUUCGCAAAGAAUUCAUGGCGGGUCGAUCCGCUCCCACGAUGCCCGUGAUCACCACCCAUAACAAGGAGGAAACCACGCCCAAAUCCAUGGGCAAGUGGAGUCUCGAGGACGAUAAUGACGACGAAGAGCCGGAUGCGCUGAAUAAAGGUCAGACUGAGGACGACGAAGACCCUUUGGAGGCGUACAUGAAUACCAUUCAGAAAGAGGUUAAGAAACUCCGAGGAGGCGGUGGAUUGGCGGCCAAAGGCCAAGUGUUUGACAAGUCCAUGAAUGGAGCCCCGGGGGAAAAGAAGAAAGGUAUGGUGAUUAUGAUGGGCGUGGCCAAGAAGAAAGAUGACGCUCCCAAGAAACCUAAGCGAGGGGAGUUGAUUGAACAAAAUCAGGACGGAUUAGAGUACUCUAGUGAAGAAGAGGGUGAGAAGCUGGAAGACGCCAUGACCAAGUUAGCCAACAAAGGGAAGAAGGACAUGAUCCGCAUCGACCACAACAAAAUCGAAUACAUCGAUUUCCAAAAGGAUUUCUACCGCGAGGUUCCCGAACUAGCCAAGAUGACCGACGAGGAAGUCGAAGCCUACCGCCUCGAGUUGGAAGGCGUCAAAGUCAAAGGCCGCAACGUACCCAAACCCAUCAAGAACUGGCCCCAAUGUGGCGUCUCGGGGAAAGUCUUGGCCGUGUUGAAGAAACUGAACUACGACAAACCCACCCCCAUUCAAGCGCAAGCCAUUCCCAUCUGCAUGUCCGGACGGGAUAUGAUCGGGAUCGCCAAAACGGGCAGUGGUAAGACCUUGGCUUUUUUGCUACCCAUGUUUCGACACAUCGCAGCCCAACCUGAGCUGGAAGAAGGAGAUGGGCCCAUUGCCAUCGUCAUGACCCCGACCCGUGAGCUGUGCAUGCAAAUCGGACAAGAAGUGCGGAAAUUCCAACGAGGUCUCAAGGGCAUCCGAAGUGUGUGCGUGUACGGCGGAACCGGGAUCUCCGAACAGAUCGCCGAGUUGAAACGGGGGGCCGAGAUCAUUAUCUGCACACCUGGUCGCAUGAUUGACAUGUUGGCCGCUAAUUCCGGGCGUGUGACCAACACUCGACGCAUCACUUUUAUCGUGUUGGACGAGGCUGACCGCAUGUUUGACAUGGGAUUUGAACCCCAAGUCAUGCGGAUCAUUGACAAUUGUCGUCCGGACAAACAAAUGGUCAUGUUUAGUGCCACUUUUCCGAGACAAAUGGAGGCUCUCGCUCGACGAAUCCUGUCCAAGCCCAUUGAAUUGGCAGUGGGUGGAAAGAGUGUGGUGUGUAAAGAUAUUGACCAAAUUAUUCACAUCGUAGAAGACGAGCAGAAGUUCUUGAAGCUUCUCGAGGUCUUGGGACAAUCCAUGGAUAAAGGGCUGGCCAUUGUGUUUGUUGAUAAGCAGGAACACGCCGACUCACUCCUGAAAGAUCUCAUGAACGCCAGCUAUACUUCGUGCAGUUCUCUCCACGGAGGGAUCGAUCAGUACGACCGCGAGAGUACAAUCACGGAUUUCAAGUCCGGCAAGAUCAAGAUCCUGGUGACAACGUCGGUGUGCGCCCGUGGCUUGGACGUGAAGGAAUUGGUGCUGGUGGUUAACUACGAUUGUCCCAAUCACUACGAAGACUAUGUACACCGCUGUGGGCGAACGGGACGAGCCGGAAACCACGGGUAUGCCCACACGUUUCUCACGCCCGAACAAGGCCGAUACGCGGGAGAGAUCAUCAAAGCCUUAGAGUUGUCCGAGGCCCUGGUCCCUCAAGACUUGCGGGCCUUGUGGAACUCGUACAAGGCCAAACAAACGGAAGAGGGGAAAACGCUGAAAUCUGGUGGGGGCUUUGGAGGUUCGGGUUUCAAGUUCGACGAGAGUGAGGCCACAUAUACUACCGAGAAGAAAAAGUUCCAGAAAACCGUCUUUGGACUGCAGGAUUCGGAUGAUGAGGACGUGGAAGAGGAAAUUGACCAACAAAUCGAACUCAUGCUCGACCCCAAGCGAUCUGUCAAGACUGUGUCAGCCGCUGAAGCCGCCUCAAGCGGUCUCGUGCCGGGAACAAACGUCCCUAGUGGCACUAAUCCCACGGGUUCGAGCUCGGCGGCGGACAAGUUAGAGUUGGCCAAGCGACUGGCCUCCAAGAUCAAUAUCAAGAACAAUCCCAAGGGUGCCUCGCAACAAAUGGCGGAAAGCUAUCUCUCCGGCAAACAAGGACAGCCUCUGAUCACGGCCAAAACCGUGGCGGAUCAUUUGGCCGCCAAACUCAAUGCCAAGCUCAACUAUCAACCCUUGGAAGACGCCGCCGAGCAGGAAGAGGAGAAGGGCUUCCAAAAGUUCGAGGAGGAGCUCAUCAUCAACGACUUCCCUCAACAGGCCCGAUGGAAAGUCACCUCCAAAGAGGCCUUGGCCCAAAUCAGCGAGUAUUCCGAUGCGGGCAUCACGGUCCGUGGAACGUAUUAUCCGCCCGGAAAAUCCGUGCCCGAGGGUGAACGCAAACUCUUCUUGGCCAUCGAAUCCACCAAUGAGCUCUCGGUGCAAAAAGCCAAAGUGGAGAUCACCCGGUUAUUGAAAGAAGAGCUCAUGAAGCUACAGACCUCCGGAAUCCAACACAUAAACAAAGGUCGCUACAAAGUUCUCUAGUUGUCAACGUCCACGCAAGUCUGAAAAUAAAAUCAAUAUCAACCGCCAUUAUAUUUCGAUUCGUCCGACACAUUGACCGGUCCCUUCUCCCCUGCCUCGGACUUUGGCCACCUAUUUGGCCAGAGCCGCCAAGGCCGCCAGACUAUCCGCACAGGUUUUCAUGAAUCGCACAUACUGCUCACUAGCCAGCACAUCGGAGGUGUCCUGGACCUUGAUCCGAGCCUCUCGCAUCUGAUGAAGAAUAGCUUGCGUAGCCAAGCGACUCUCUGCCAUCAGUUCCGAAUGACCCACGGAAUUCAAGCCUAAUAAUCCAUCGCACUGGCUAUUCGAGUUCAAGCCCAAUAAGGUAUUCACCGGUAGGGAAGGCAAUGUAUUGGAGUGAGUACCCAAGAUUCGGGUACUGUGGGUUCUGCUCGAGGCCGAUAUCGGAGGCGGCGGGGCGGUUUCUUCCAUUUCUCGGAGAGCCACCCGGGCCGCGGGUUGGCUGAUGGCCGGAUUGUCCUUGGAGGUCUCCUGGCAAUCCACCUCAGCACAAGCCACACAAUAGAUCUGGCCUUGUUUGUCCUCUAGCUCGAUGGAACUGCAUUGAGGACAAGAAGUGGCCAGCAUCUUGUAACCCUUGAGCAGAUAUUGGCCGAUGAUCUUGGAGAUCUUGUCGGAUCGCUCCCGUUUGGCUUGAAUGAUCUUCAUCUCGGCCUCUGAGGGCGGGGUCCAAGCAUCAUUGUCCUCCAGGCCGGCCAUGAUGAAUUCGAUCAGCCGUGAUUCAGAUGAGGUGCGAAAAGAUGUGUAAAAAUGUAAAGAUGUGCCCUUUUUUGCUUGGAUUCGAGGUGAUGUCACAUGCGUUUGUUAUGAUGAUUAGGCUUACACUGUGACCAUAAAGUAUUGAGCCCUGAUGUGACUCAUGAUUCAUGCGCAUACUAGUAUAGUAGCUAGUGCCCUGCAUCUAAACAUUAAAUACAGAGCCCAUAUUGCCUUUCAAAUAAUUGUGCUGGCUCUAAAAGGUGAAGUCCAAAUUGUCAUCUCGAAAGAUGUUCGAGUCUCAGGUACGAGCACACGUUAUUUUCAGGCCGUAAAGCCCUUUUCUAGUUGAAAUGGAUAUGAAACUUUGGCGGACUAUCUAUUACUUACCUUUACCAGAAGUUUUCCUGCUGACUAUUGUGCUUCUUAACAGUGCCCAAAUCAUCCAGGUAGAUGUGAUUCUAUGUUCACGGCUUUGAUUUUUAAUUGAUAUGACAUGAAUUGUGGAACAGAAGUAUAAAAGGGGAAAAUAAAUCGGUCUAAAGGUUCGUUGUCGUCAGUGUUAUCAAGCAGGAGAAACUUUACGGUCAUGAUGUAAGAAGAGGUUGCGUGAGAUUACUUUUCACUUUUGUCAAAGUGACGAAAUGAACACGAAGAGACCCAACCCAAAGAAAAGUGAUCCGUCCUAUAGCUUGAAGUUAUUUGUCUCACCUUAAAUAGAGAAAAGGCAACGAACAUCCCAAAAGCUUUCGCACCCUGCUUUUUCCAUUUAGAGCCAACCAUUUCAUAUAAGACACUUUGGGUAAAAAUACGUCCAACCCCAAAACGCUACCCUUAGUAGGUCUCUGCUUGUUUUGUCGUGUUUAAAUCGCGGCUCCAUCUCAACUCCUCGACCCAGUGAAAUUGCCGUUAAAAAAGAUCCUUAACCCUCCGCCAUGCCGUCAUCACCCGUGAAGGGCUCAUCAGGCCGUCGUCGAAUCACUAUCCGCAGUGAUGAUCUUUUUUCCUCCGAAGGAUACUCCUCGUCCAGUCUCGAGGACGACGAUGAAGGGACCCGGGACCGCCCUCUUAGCCGAGCCCGUGGUGAGGAUCGAAUGGAUGCGGCUCCUCGGGCCCCCCAAUACCCCAAACAGCACAGUUUCGUGGUGGAUAUGAACAAUCGACCCUUGUACGAAUGCGAUCGGAAGCCCAUCAAAAAGUCCGUCUCGCCCGUGAAAAUGCCCUUGGUGACUGGUACGCCGCAGCCUGAACGCCGGGAUUCCCUGGCUCAUUUACCACCCGCACCCGUGUCCACGGCUUAUUACCCAUCCAAGUCUCCCUUGAACCCGGCCCAAGGCUCGAUUGAUCGGUGGUCCUGGAAUGGACCUAGUUUAAUAAUCAGCUUGACCGGGUUCUUGGUGUUAAUCAUCUUGGUGGCCGUGACCUUGGGCCAAGUGGUGUCCCUGCAGCGGGAUUUGGGAGCCAUGAGUGAACGGAUCGAAGAAAUGGCUCAGUUCAUGCAUGAACGGUGCAGCGGCUUGGAUUUGAAAAAUCGCCAACAUUACGGCUAAAAGUCCAUUGAUCGGGCCUUCAAGGUUUUUCAGUAUUUCCAUGAUCUCAAAUUUAUAUUUGUAACUCUUUCCGUACAAAUAGAAUUAUAACCAGAA